UGGACUGAACUGGCCACAGAGACCCUCAAUAACAUCACUCGCGACCCUCACCACUGAAAUCUCACCAUUUCCAAUUCCAAUCUCCAACCCCCAGAAAUGGCUUCUGUGAUUAUGUCGUUUGCUCCUCCAACCACAAGAGUCUUCGCCGCCACGGCAGCCAAGGGGGCUGGAGGAAGCAAGGAGGAGAAAGGCCUUCUUGAUUGGAUUCUCGGAGGGUUGCAGAAGGAAGAUCAGUUUUACGAGACCGAUCCUGUCCUGAAGAAGGUGGAGGACAAGAAUGGCGACGGAAGAGCCACGGUCAGCGGCAGAGGAACCACCAGCGGGCGCAAGAACUCCGUGGCGGUGCCGCAGAAGAAAAAGAAUGGCGGAUUCGGAGGGCUUUUUGCAAAGAAUUGAAACACACUCUCUCUCUCGCGCAAGUACCCCAUUCAUAUAAUACAUAGACGCUUGCAUUGUUAAUUUCUGUUCUCUGUUAUUAUUUUGGUUUCAAUCUUUUGAUUAUAAUGGAACCCUAAUUUGUAGCUACUGUUCCAUAAUCCAUGCAACCGUGGUUUAUAUUACACAAUACACACUGAAAUUCUCUGCUCAUUAAACAGAAUGUAAAUAAUGAGUCACGAUUUCGGAAUAGUGGGAUUCUAAAUUUCUUCA